AUGCAGCUUGUUGUAUCUCAUAAUGGAAUUACAGCCCAAACCACAGAUAAAGCUUCCAUAGAGAUCCUUAAUCCUCCAGAGCGGCUGUCUCAGGGACACGUCCUGCUUAUUCUGUAUCGCUGUGAGGAUCUCCAGGUGGUCCAUGUAGAAUUGUUGGCAUCUUCUCUCACAAAGACAGCAGUGGGUGUAUUUAAGAAACGUUGGACUUGCAGCCCCGGCGAGUCAGGGGUGAAGGAGGUCAGGCUGGAUUUACCAGACCAGAUUGUCUACCGAGAGGACUAUUUCAUCAGAUAUCCAGUAUAUAUCCGUGAUGCUUUUCUGAGGGGUUGGAUUUCAGAAUAUUCCAGUGAUAUCAACAUCCCCGACACAAGUGCCUACAGUAGUGGAGUGGUAAGGACUUUCCACUUCAUAAAAGCCCUCCCUCCGUACAGUCGCCCAUACAAACAGCACCACAAAACAAUAAGAUGGGACCAGAAUCUCAUUUGGCAGAUCAGAAAGGAUAAGAUCCCCCAAUGUGAGGUUGAACAAGAGGCUGUUCAUCUCCUGACCUUCCCGUAUGCCAGCACUGGGGAGCGCUUUGGAGUAUUGAGGGUUCUGGAACCGUAUGGGGACAGAGUGUUGGAAAGUAGAAGACAGGAAUUGUCCAGCUCUCCGCGCUGUCUUUUUCGCUUCAGUUUGUCGGCCUGGGUGUUUUUGGUGCAAUGGUGUUCUGUAACAUUUUGUGGUCUCCUGUAUCAUCUGGAUCAGAACAACGAAUACAUUACCCCCACUAUACUGCUGACAAACACAGGUCGUUUUCACGUUCAGGUGGAGCUGGUGUCAGGUGAGCCGCAGGCCUUUCAGACAGCGUCCCCUGUCCCCCUGUAUGAGUGGUGCCAUAUACAGCUCACAUUUGAUAUUUCCCUGGUAAGAAUCACAUACACAUUUUACAGUUUUACUCAUAUGUUUAAAGAAAACAUCCUUCUCUCAGACACAGUUGGAAGUUUUAUUUUGGGUGGGUCCCAGUACGUUCCUGGGGUGAACGGAUUCUAUGGCCCAGUGCUGUACCACAGAAACCGGAUUCAACUCAUAAAUUAUCAGUCUCAGUCGCCCCAGCAUAUCACAAGCCUGGAAAUGUCCCAGUGGUACCGGAAGUGCCAAAUGUUUAAAGAAGAAUGUUUGGCUCAAUUCCAGCAAUACCUUGUAAAAUCUGAAUCAAGGACAAAUACAGAGAUCUGCAGUGAUGUCUACUAUGAUCUUGUUAGCCGUUACCGCACGAUAUCCUCACGCCCACAGUGUACGCAGUGGGAGGGGCCUCCUAGGCCUCACAGAGCAUUGGUCACCUGGCUCCUGAAGAGAGCAGGACAGAGAGCGGGACAUUACCAAAUAAAUACUGUGCUUCUGGGACGGACCUUGUAUAGAAAGUACUUAAAAAGAGUUCAUGCACCAGAGGGUCUCUCUCGUAUGCGAGGGUCCAUAUCUCUCCUGUUACAAGCUGGGUGUCUCGGGUACAGCCCGGCGCUCUAUCUUGCAUCUGUGUUUUAUCAGACUGGCUUUGGGAUUAAAAAAGACCACAACAAGGCUCUGAGGUUUAAACUCAUCUCAGCUCAAGAUGAUGAGCGACUCUCCCUGUUGUCGCUGGGUCAUAAGCAUCACUUGGGAGUGGACGAUUAUCCAGUGGACUAUGAUCUCUCCUAUGCCUAUUACUCCAAUGUGGCUCAUCAGACAAUGGAAGACAGAUUGCAGCCGAACAAGGAUCAGGCCUACGUAGAGUACAUCCGCCUGAUAGACGAGGAUGUUCUGAAGCUGCAGACGAAAGAAGAUGAUGAUCUCUUCAUGUGGCUGAGAUUCCAGGCCAAGCAGGGAGUGACAUCCGCUCAGCAAUCGGUCAGUAGGAUGCUGUUCUGGGGACAGCAGGGAAUCUCCUCUAAUAUGCAGGCAGCGGUGCGGCUCUAUGAGAAGGGAGCUGUGCAACAGAAGGAUCCGGUGAUGAUGUACGACUACGGAGUGGUGCUGCUGAGGGGCCAAGGUGUCAAGCAGGAUAUCCCCAAAGCCCUGGAGUACCUGAAGAAGUCUGCGGAUAUGAACUUUGUCCCAGCCAUCAACAGCCUGGGCUGGUAUUAUGAGCAGUAUGAGAAGGAUUACAAGAAAGCCAUUGAGUUUUGGGAGAAAGCUGACAGACUGGGGAAUCCUGAAGCCCCUUUUAACCUGGGGAUAAUGCACUACUAUGGUCUCUAUCCUGGGAAGCAGAAAAAUCUGACCGCCGCCUACCUGCAUUACGCACGCUCAGCGAAUCGUGGCCAUAUUGAUGCUGCUGUUUACAUGUCAGACUUCUGGAUCCAAGGAAUCCCGGGCUUUGUAGACAGACAGCCGAGAGAUGCUGUAAUAUGGACAAAAUGGGCUGCGGAACAGAACGGUUAUUUGGGAGCUGCCCUGAGGAAAGCCCUGGAUGGAUAUUUAGAGUUGUCUUGGCCCCAGGCUCUUCUUCAUUACAUGCAGGUGGCAGAGGCUGGGUUUGAGAUCGGCCAGUUUAACACGGCGUAUAUCUGCGAGCAAGACCCUGACGGCCUUGUGAGUAAAAAUCUACAAAUAGACUGUGUAUGGAAAUACUACAACCUCUCAACCCACGGGGACCCUCCUCAUGCAUACGCUCAGAUUAAGAUGGGAGAUCUGUACUACGCACAGCAUGUAAAGAGGCGGCGGGAUGUUGCAGCAGCAGUGAGGAUGUACAAACAGGCAGCGUUACAAAGGGAGCCGCAGGGUUUGUACAGUCUGGGAAUUCUUAUAGAAGAAGGAGUCAACAUCCCUGUGUCUACUCUCCGUGAGCUGGGGCUGAACAGCACUCAUCUCUCAAAUAACUACACCAUCAUUAUGGAGCUGUACAGGAGAUGCAGAGACCACGAGAAGGAAGAUUCCUACGUGCCCUGCAGUUUAGCCCUUCUCAACGCUCACCUGCAGUACGUCUGGGCUUUUCACAGCUCAAUUGUAAAGUGUUCCAGUGCCAUUGCUAUUGCCAUUGUCACCGCACUCAGCCUGAUGACUAUUUUAGGACGAUUAACGAACGGAGCCCUCAACCUUCAUCAAUCUGUGUGAUGUAUUAGCUACCAGGGCCAGUAUGUGCAAUAAUGGUGACUAAAAUGUGCCUUAAACCAGCUGUUACAGACAUUAUCACAAAGGCAAUGUGUGUGCCUUUGUGCUCUUGUAUACAAUAUAACGGGAACCACAAGACACAGGAAGCUGUGAUUUCCUAAAUGUCCUUCACUAACUAUCACUGCCAAACAGAUACCGACAAUCCCAGACUCCAGCGACUGACUAGCUAAACAUGAUGAGGACAUUUUGAGGAUGGAGCUAUGGUGAACAGUACCUAUUGCCUAAUGUCUAAUAAAGGAUAAAUAAUCAGGAGAACCUAAAUACUACUACAUCACUGAUCGGACAAUAUAACCACUGUGCCUCUGCUGAUGCAGCUUCUGUUCAUGAAUGAUCCCAUCUCAUGUGUUGGGUACAGGACCUGAACUAUACGUCUGGGGAUUCUGUUUUCUACAUGAAAAUAAUAUUAUUGCACUUUACUAGUUAAUGACAUGUUCUCUUUUGUUUGAGCAUUUUCUUUUUAAACAAAUUCUGUUCUGUCACAUCUACAAAGAGGUAGAACGCAUGGUCAAGUCCUGCUCCCAGAAUUCCCCAUACCAGUGAUCAUGAGAAUGCGCAUGGUGAUUAGUGCAUACGAAUGUCAGCUGGCUGUAUGUUUAACACAAAGACACUGAAACACCCCUGUGUCGUUCCACUUUUGUAGGAGUUAAAAACACAUUUUAAAAGAAUGAUCUUGAAAAUAAAAUUUUAUUUUUACACUUAAAUGCUCUUUGAAGAAAAAUGUGCAGCAUUAUUUUGCCAGUUACGUUUCUGAACAUGAACUUGCACAACAAUGUGAUAUCAUUUGUCACAUCCAAUUCACUGUCUUCUCUUUUUCUUCUUCCUUCAUUUCUUCUUUAUUUUCUUUCCUUCCUUUCUUCUUUUUUAUUUCCUUCGGACAUGAUACCUAAAUGCUGAAGUAUUUGAAAGCUGACUAGAAAAUAUCAUUUGAACAUCUCUAUGUAAAGAAUGAAGAUAUUUUAUCUCACAAUUUCCUCAAUAGCCACAUCCCGUUGUAAAGAGACUUUAAGCAGCCAAUCAGGAUGUUAGUUCCAGGACUUGCAAGGGAGUGUGCAUCUGGCAUAUGCAGCACAGACUGGUUGUUUCCCUAUUCAGUUUAAGGAAGUUUACUGUGAAAUCCCAUGAGAUCACAGUAAAGCAAUGCAUGAACUCAGCACUGCUGAUGCUGAUUGGCUACUGUUAUUUCCCCAACUUGCAGCUGGACAGUAGCUUAAGUAAAAAUGCUCACAGAGCACUUACUCAGGUGAUCUGAAGAAACUGUAAGGUAAAAUGUCUUCAUUUUUUACAUAGAGAUGUUCAUGUGAUAUUUUCUUGUCAGCUUUUUACAGUUAUGCUGCAUCACUUUCAAGGGAUUUACAAUAUGGGUAUUAUGUCCCUUUAAUUCCUUCCUGUUAUUCAAAAUCCUUUAGAAAAGCCCAGCAAAUGAUUCAUCUGCAUAAAUCCUCAUAGACUUUUAAUUGUGUUAAAAAAAUAUUAGAUCCAUUUUUCUAAAUUAUUGGGAUAGACCCUCUUUAUUUCCCACAAAUGUUAUUUGCUCAUAAUCAUUAGUAACAAGAUAUUAACAAAUGAAUAUUAACAUAAAUAAUAUUUAUAUACAUGAAUGCUCGUCACAAUCACCAUAAAUAUUACGUUUGAUAUAUCGUCUUUACACUAAAGACAUUUAUAAAAAAAAGAGAAUCUCAGUCUAUCAAGUAAAACAUUCUAACAGUACCAGGUGGUCAGCAGGGCCGUCCUUAGCAUUUGCGGGGCCCUAGGCAAGAGAAAAUUGUAGGGCCCACAGUUCAGCGCUCUUAUUCCGUUCCCCUUUCCCCCUGUAUGCCCUGCCCCUAUAUAACCCACCCCUGUCCCAGAAUUUAGUGUUACCUAUAUAAAGAAUAACAGUAUAUCUUACACCCCUGAAAGUGCGGGCCCCCAAAGCGCUGGUCCCUGGGCGGUUCACCUCCACAGGCCUGGACCAAUGACAUAUAUCAGUAAAACAGAACAUUAUUUCUGACUUAUGGGGAACACAUAGAAAGCACACACUAUUCAUUUCAGCUUUAGACAUUCUACCUGUUUUACUUACAAUAAUACCUCAGUCUUUUUACACUGUAUCAUAUUACCUGUAAUUGUAUUUGUUUUCUGAUUCUUUACAGAAUAUCUGAGCUACCAAGUUUUAUAUUUAUAUUACAAUGAUGCUCCUUAUUGGCAAACACUUUAAUUAUUUGUAUAUAUAUCUUUGCAAAUCAACUGCCAAAGUCUCAGUAGUGUUAUGAUCUAAUAUUGAUACAAAAAUAAAAAUUGCUGUAUUGGUUCCAAAUAUGUUAAGAUUUUUGUUAUAGGUGAAUAAUAAAGCUCCUCAAAUAAUCAA